AUGCAUUCUGGGGUCAAUUUGUUUCACACUUUUCAUUCCACGGGGCCCCGUGGUGUUCAAUCACCGGUUCCCUUUCGCGCAACCCCUGAUGUGCACCUUACACCUACACCUAUCCAUAGGGUAUCAGCAAGCCAAGAACAAACAUGUCUGCAAACAGGUCCCAUAUUCACUCAAUGUGAACCACAAUCCUUUGUUGCUUUUCAUUUAACCGAGACACUUAGCAAUAUCCAUGUCUCUACCGCUACAAAUAUCCGUUCACCUAUCCACAUUACUUCACGCACAUCUCGAGGUAUACCACCAAGCAUAUCAUCCCUCCCACCAAUAUUUCCUGCAACAAUUUCAAACUCACUAUCUCCAUAUUACACUCCAGUUACAUCUUACAUUGUUGCAUCCAACCCCAACCUACCCCGCAGUACAACUCAACUUAAUAAUAUGGAACAAUGUUCUACUACUCCACCUACUAACAUUACACAUGGAAUGUACGAUGUUUAUUCUUCUAAUGAUGAAAAUUCUGAUUUGGAUUCGAAUAAUGCCUGGGGAGAUACAUCUGAUUCUGAUGAUCAAGCUUAUGAGGAGCCCAUUGACUCUUACCUACAAGAGUAUGCUGAUAUCGGGGUCCCAAUUUAG